AGUUAACUGGAUGAGUGAUGAAACGUAUCUGUCAAUAAACGUAAAAGGGAACCAGGAGGGGGUCGAGAGGUUAUAUAAUACGGGCAGCAUUGGGGAACAGGGUGGGAUUUUUGCCUUUUAUUUGAAAUAAGACGAUCGGCGUUCGGACGAUCUAAUGCCAUGACUGCACACGUGCGGUAGGUGGCGCUGUGCGUCUUUGGUUUGGGAUCCACCGAUGAACACGAGGAAGAAGGGGGGAAAAAAAGGGAGGAAGAAGAAGAAGCGGCAGCAAACGCGGAAGAAGAAGAAGUUGAAGCCGCAGCGAUCUGUUUAUUUUGGGUUACGUCGCUCCGCCAAGAGUCGACGGACUACUUCCAGCUCGCCAUGUCUCACCCGGCCAAGAGUAAGACGCUGCCUGCCGCCGCCAAAACCGGCGAGUACGAGGUUUCUCUGUCCUUCAGGGACGAACUGGCGGCCACGAUCCACGGAGCGUUUGAUGUGGCGGUGGACAUCGCGGUGUUGGAGGUGACCAAGCUGGUCGGUCAGGCGAUGGGAGACCUCCGCCGCCAGAUGCUGGAGAACCAAAGCGAGAACCAGUCCCUCAAACAGCGUCUGCUGAAAGCGGAGGAGAAGCUGGACUCGGUGCGCAAGUUCCUCGGCCAGAGAGACGAUAGUUGUGCGUCGACGACACAACACACGAUCGACGAAAGCCACACAACUCAGCCGUCCAGAAGUUGUCAGCCGGACCGCCACCCCGCCAGAGAUCCCAGACAAGCCGCCGAGGAGGAAGCCAUGGGGCCGCCUGGCCGAGACGCUUCAUCGGAUCUAGAGAAAGAGCGAAGAGAGCAGCGAGAUGGAUGCCCUCAGGAAAACCUUCCGGUCGUCUCUCAGGGCUACUCCAAACAUGCCUCCAAAAACACAACUGCCUUUGAUCACUUGCUUAAAGAAUCGGAUGAAGAGGUCUCCAGUUUACGUGUGGUCAAAAUGGAAAACCCUCAGCACCCAUGUCGAGACAUGACACUUCAGUCCAGCGACUCGCCAUCACUUCGCUGUGGGGUUGAGAACCCUGAAUCGGAGCAAGUCAGAAUAAAACAAGAGAAAGCUGUUGAAGUGGGAGACGGUCCUGACUGCUGCUUUGACGAGUCCAUCAGAAUGGAGGAUUUUGGUCUUGACAGUCUGCCUCUAGUCCAGUCCAAAAUCCUGGAGGAGUGGAAACCAGCGCUGUUGGAUAUUCAGAACCGAGAUGCAGACAGUCUGCUUCCAUUCAGCAGCCUUGCUCUGGCUCCUCCUUCACAAGUGAACAACAGUGUUCCAUCAAUCGGUUCUUUAACGCCCCUUUCUUCUAUGUUCCUGCACGUCUACCAGCCAGAGGAGCCAGCUACCAUCCCAGCGCCACCUCAGGCAUGUAGAGUCCACAUCAGGACUACUCGUAACUCCAGCCACCCGUCUGGGGGUCUCAGCACCUGCAAGUUUUGUGGCCAGACCUUUCACCAGCCCAGCUUGCUGCGCCGGCACUACAGCCAGUGCCAACAGAAGCUCCAGCAGUCCUGCCAGCAGCCUGUGGGGGGCAUGAGAAGGAAUAAGCGACAGCUCUUCGCACCAGGAUGCAGCCCCUUCCGGUGCCCAGAGUGCAACCGGGAGUUCAACCGUUUUGAGAACCUUAAGACCCACCUGCGCAUCCAUACAGGGGAGAGGCCUUAUGUCUGCUCUGUCUGCUCCAAGCGCUUCCGGCACUCCGGGGUGCUGACCAGGCAUUUCCGCAUCCACACCGGGGAGAAGCCCUACACGUGUGGACAGUGUGGGAAGGCCUUUCGGAACUGCGGAGGGCUUAAAUUCCACCAGCGUUCCCACUGCUCCCAAUGACAAUGCCUGGAAAUUUAAUGGGAGAGCAAUGGAAGAAUUUGAUCCAGCUGGCAGCAGUAGCCCUUGCAGAUCCAUGGCAAGCCAUGAUGACAUUUCAAAGGCCUUUUCAGUUUGUUUUUAAUACGGUAUUCCAUUAGCGAUUAUCACAGCACUUCUUCUCAAGAGAGGCCUUGUCAAGAAAGCAAUUGAAGAAUAUCUUCUUCUUUUGGCUUGCUGCCUUUUUCCCAGGGGUCCCCGGAGUGGAUUUGAUAGUUUCCAUUGGUAUCCUGUGAGGGCACAGCACCCAUGGCAGUCUUGUCAAGCUGAAUAAUGAUUUGGCAAAAUUUUACGUUGGACGCCCUACCUGACACAACCGCUAACCCUAUGGACUUUUUAUGGACCCUGUGGACAAUUGAACAAUAUAUAUAUAUAUAUAUAAGCUUAAAUAGAACUUAACAUUUAGUGAUGAGUAAGAGCAAAAUCAGAAGGCCUCUUUCAUAGUGGCCUAAUAUUGGAACAGAUUCAAGUGGGCUCAAAAAGAGAAAAGUGUGUAGAGUUGUUUUGUUUAAACUUGACUUGACUUUAAAGAUGAGUGGACCUUUCUGCAGUACCAAGGACAAAACUGAAGGAUAAGCGGAAAAGACAGGAAAAAAAGUACUGGUUGGAUUUCAUCACUGUGCUGCUUCCUGCUUACUAGUUUUCCAAAUAUCUGAUGGUACCAGUGUUUUGUUGUAUUAAUUUCAAUGCAGUCAUUUGUAGAGCUAUUUUGUAAAAUUUUAUUAAGGGCCAUCGCUUUAUGUGUUUUAGUAAGCAGCUAUUAAUAAAUGUC